UUAAUGUUGUAAAUAAGAGAAGACUCAUUCGUAGAGCAAAAUAAAAACCGUUCUUUAAUAUCUUGACAGUUUCGUGACUUUACAUUCAUUUUCUUCGAAUUUAAAUAUUCAAGAAAUUUUUUUUCUUACUAUGUAAACUAUAAACGAGAGUUAUAAGAACUUUACUAGGAAAUUUGAGAAUGAGUAUUUAUUCUAAAUAUAAAUAUUUAACUUUACGAAAGAAUAUUUACAAAUAAGACGUUGAAAACUUUUAUACAAAUUAUUCUUCAUAUUAUAUUCUACGUAGAAGUAUCUUCAAUAUCUUGUCAAAUGUUUAUUCAUUUUCAUGGACGUUGUUUUGUAAAUUGUCUUAUUUGAUGAUCACUUUCAAUAGUUACUAGCAACUCUAUAGUACCUUCAUCAUUCAUACUCAUUUGUAUCGAAGGCCGUGGUCCAUCUAAUUAUUUACUUACACUUCGUCACACAAUGCCAGCAACAAUUGAUAUUAUUGAAAAAUUACCUCCAUUUUUUUAUCUUGUUCGAGAUGAUGAUGUUGUAUCUGAUCAUCUUGAAGUAAAAAAUGUUCUACAUAUAUUUACAAAAAUAGUUGAACAUGAGCAUAUGAAAGGACCACAAGAAUUUUAUUAUAAUAUUUACUUAUAG